ACUUCAGUACAAUGUAGCAGGUUUUUAUUUUUGUUAGUUGGCAACAUUAUCAUAUGACAGUUCUCUGCCCUGCUUGUUUUUGCGUUCUGUGUGCACGGAAUGUGGUUAAAGUAAUCGCCAAGUUUGUUGUUUAAUAAAUUCUUUGUUGUUAGAUGUUGAAAUGGGGGACGGAGAAAGACAACCGCUACUCCAGAAUGACUACCCUGCGAACAACGGCGGCUACGUGCCAGGCCAGCACGCGACGGUGUCGCCCAUCGGGCCGGACGAGCUGCCGCCGCCCUACACGGCCGCCAACCAGGGCGGGGUGCCCAUGGUCACCUGCCGCGUGUGCCAGGCCAUGAUCGACAUCUCGGGCAAGCGGGACCAGCAUGUCGUCAAGUGCGCCCAGUGCAAUGAAGCCACCCCGAUACGCAACGCGCCGCCGGGCAAGAAGUACGUGCGCUGCCCCUGCAACUGCCUGCUGAUCUGCAAGAGCUCGUCGCAGCGCAUCGCCUGCCCGCGCCCCAACUGCAAGCGCAUCAUCAACCUGGCUCCGAGCCCGGUGACCCCACCCGUGCCCACCAUGCCGGGCAUGUGCCGCGUCAGCUGCGCGCACUGCCACGACACCUUCCUGUUCAACACCCUGAACAAUGCCUUGGCCCGGUGCCCACACUGUCGCAAGGUGUCGUCGGUGGGGCCUGACUUUGCGCGCACGCGGGGAGUCAUGUUCCUCAUCUUCUCCCUCCUCUUCAUGGCCGUGGGCAUCGGCGUGACGGUGGGGACGUACCAGCUGGCCCGUAGAAACGGAGGAAUAUACGUGGCAUAUGUCGGUGCGUUCAUCCUGUCGCUGCUGGCCAUGGCCCGCAGCCUCUACUACUUCUUCAUGAAGGUCAGCCUCAUCGAGGGCCCCAUGUAGGCCUGCCAACACCGCGCCACCGCGCGUCUCCGACCAUCGUCACCACGUGCAUACACAACGUUUUAUUCCUUUUUUUUUUACUUUACUUUAAGUGUCAUUUCACUUACAGUUUUGUUCUUGUGAUGUGCAGACUGCUCCGAAAUAAGAGUACUCAAAUUACACGGAGUGGCUCACAGAACGAAAGUAAUUUCGCUGAGUGUCAUUAUCGGUUGAUCAUCUUUAGAAAAAAGAAAUAGUAAAAGUAGAAAGCAAAUAAUCUAAUCUUUAUAUUCUUAUAUAGUUAAAUGAGUCCCAUUUAUACAUAUUGGAAAUCUGAAACAGGCAGCCACUAGCAAGUACAAAUCAAACAAAAAAACCAAGACAGAACAACUUAAAAAUAAAAAGAAACGAAGUGUGAGAGUAACGGACUGAUUCGGACGUUAAGGCCGGUCUCUGUCACAUCUAGGAAACUACUGUAGUUAUAGAUGAUAUAUGUAAUAAUACUAGUUUAUCUUUAUUUGAGUAGUUGUAAUAAAGGUUCCAGCUGCAGACAGGAACCACGCGAGGCUCCGGGAAGUUUGAGUUGUUUGUUCUGGAGCAGGCUGUACAAGCAGCUUCUUAGUGUUAGUUUAGUGUAAAUGAACUUCAAACCCCAUCUUGUUUGGUUCUGGAUAUAUUUGAAGUCAUUAAGUAAAUGUCUGUAGCAGAUCGUCGAGAGUGAUAGAUAACGCGGCGUGAAAGAGAGCUACAGUCUGUCCUCUAGAGAGCAUGUGUGAGAGUCACAUGUUUUGUGGUACAUUGUCACUUUUUCUGCUCAGCAGAAUCAAUCUUCGAUUUAAUCAGCAUUUGUUGUAUAGUGACUCUUAUGUUUUUUCAUAAUCUUUGUAUUAUAAGUAUUUUUAAGUGUUUUUAUAUAUUUUUUUUGUUUAGAUUAAUUUCUUUGAAUUUGUUUACAUAUUUCUCUUGUUUAAGCAUAUUGUGAUUUUUCUGAUUAUUGUGGGAGGGUCAACUUAUAGAAUUAAUGAUAUUGUGAUGUCAUGUUGGGUACACUUAAAGAAUAUGAUAUUAUGUAUAAAAGCUCUACAAAGUAAUUUGUUGUCAUUUGUUGUAACUCACAUGGGGGUUGCUUUUAUGUCGGUAGUUUAUACAGUUCAGUAAGUUCUGAUCAGUAGUUUGUCAUUGUGCUUUGUUUGUCCAAAUUUAUGUUGCAUUGUGCCAUAAGUUUUGUCUGGUUAAUAAAGUGUACUCAUUGGUUACAGGAAUAAAAUAUACAACUUAUUACUGGAAGUGUUGAGAGAAAUAUUGGAAUUGUGGCAACAUCACCAGACUAAUGUUCUUGUGAACUACAUUUUUAAGUCGGAUAGUACUUUCCAAAAGUACUACUUAUCCAUAUCUAGGUCAUGAAAGAUUUACAAUUCAUUUGGUUAAAGCUUCGAAUUUGGUUUGUUUGUAGAAUGUUGUAAUGGACAUUGGAAAUGACAGUUUCUGCAGAACGGUAGUGUACAGGUGUGUACAGUCUACUUACUGGACCUGUACGCUAGCCAUGCUCACAGUACAUGAAACACUUCAGAGAAGCCGGCCUGUGGCAUCUGGCAUCUGGAGUGUUACGUAGUCUUUCCUUCAGAACUGUGUAUAUUGCUUCUCAUGCAUUCAGAUUAACUUUCUUACCUAUGUUCUUGCUAGAGGAUGUAGGGUUUGGUGUUGGCAAAAAGUCCUGUGUAAUUUUAUAACAUAAAAAUUUUUUAAUUGAAUUGGUUGUGUAUAUUGUUUUUUUAUAUGUUAUCACAAUUGUUUACUUCUCAUUGUGUUGUGUCUGCGAGUGAGCAUAUGUACCUAUUCAAGUUUGUUGAUUAAAGUAGAGUUUUGUGGAAACUGCAUUAGUUUUCAAAUUGAGGCAAGUUCAGAUAGAGCAACUCUGUUUCAACUUGGCAAAUGUGUAUGAAUCUCGUGCCUGUCUAUGCGACCAGUGCAACUAAACUGCAGCUCGUACACGACGUAGGAUGACCUUGAAUGUUCGAGUGUGACGGGAAGUAACGGAAUGUAUUGUAAAUACAUUAAAUUUUCAUUUUGUGUUUGUUAUGAGGAAAAAAUCAACAGCAAAUGUUAAUGAAUCAUGGGAGAACUAAUAGCGCGUAGUCAAAAAUAUCAACUCUUGUUUUUCAGUUCGUCUUCUUCACGUUACAUUCUUUUCUUGGUGGCAUCAGACAUUGCAAACCAAUUUCAUUGUAAUCAAAACUGUUGUGUAUGUCAUAUAUGUAGUGCAGAGCCAAUACCAGCUAGUUCUUCUUGGCUGUUAAGCAAAAUAUAGUCAUUUCACAAAACUUAAGUAUAUGAUCAUACAAAUCUUUCAGAAAUAAUAACAUGAUACUACAGAUACUCUACUCACAAGAAUUCAGAGUGCAACAGAUAUGUUCAUUUUCGAAUGACUGCAAGAGAAAGAGAAAAUCUACGUUUUCCAGAUCGACUUGUCUUAAGAGCUGGAUUCCGUCAUUUUCCUGCCAGUCAAAACAUCUUCACUUGUUUGUAUAUGAUAUUUUUUUGUUUUAAGUUGAGCUGUCUUUAUUUGUGAAUAUAUUUAUUUGUUCUAAAAUAUGGUUUGGAAAACAAAAAAGACUGGCUAGUUUUGAGUUUAAAUUUGUGCUGUUAACAAAAUUGAUUGUCCAAAGUAGACUCCAAAACAUAAAGAUUAGAUGGAAUGCACUAUAAUCAUGUUUGUUCUAUAGUGUACGUAGUCAGUCGUCAGAGGGCUGUUUCUGUUUGAUGCUGAAUUAUCUUUGACCAUGAACACCAUAAAAUUGCUAAUCACGCAAAUUAUAAACAUUACUUGAAUUAGCAUGUUAAAAUUUGUAAUCGUUUAUUCGCAAAUACAGUACCUGUAAUAGAAUGCAGUAGUCACGGCAUAUGUUUUAGAUUGAAACAAUUUAUUUAAGAGAUGCCUUUAAGUCCCGUAGCUUUAACAAGACCACUACUAAUCGAAGAUUGUAGUUCAAAGGAUUCUUAGGCCUGGCACACACAGAAUGAGGCAGGACAGUUUGUCUGGUAGUAGUUGACUUUCAUGUAUGUAUAGAAAGGCGAUGCACACUGUUAUCAGUCGCGGCAUGACACUUCAUAACUGUCGUGAUCAGACACGAGGCAACAACUGCUCCAACUUGGUCGCGAACAGACUGUCUGAUGGCUGUAGUGUUCUGUGCAUGCGUGAGUAUGAAACAUUUGUAAACAAAGACAUGCCGUAGCGUGUUAGUGACCUCGUAUCUGACUAGUUAAACACUGUUUUUCAUUAUUACAUUCAUUUCAGUAAAUGUUCACUUGUUACCAAUUUAAAUUAAUUUUUUUCUGUGUAUGGAGCAAGAUGUGGAUUUAUUAGUGUAUUUAAUACAGGAAAAACUUGUUUAUAUAAUCCAUCUUUGAAGGAGUAUCAAGACAGCAGUAUGAUUUUAAGUAUUUGGGAAGAAAAAAAAUCAGCGAAAAUAUGGAGUUAAUCUGUUGGGAGAAGAAAAAGAUAAGCUGUCACGAAGCACCGUGUGGUGUCGCGUUGAGUCUUGUCUGAUUCUGUGCUCAGCUUAAGUUUAUAUGACAGAUAAAUAAAAUUUAAAGUAAUUUUUAUUUCAACUUUAUACACUUUAUCCUUUUAAGACAGAGCAAAAUCAUUUGAAGAAUCACACUUUGUGACAAGAAACAGAAAAUUGGCAUUUCUUUGAAAUGCUAGGAAAUAAACAUAGGCUUUAAUGAAUUAAAUUAUAAUUUAAACUGCUGGUGUUUGGUAUUGGCUGAAAGUUUGUGUAUUCUGUACUUUUGAUUUUGCAUAUUUGUAUUGGGUUCUAUCUGUUACUGAUAACAAUUGAGAAUGAGAAACAUGUUUGCAGGCUAUAUUUGUCGUGGAUGAACUGCAGGUUUCUUCCAGGUCGGCACUUGUGCCGCGUGAGCAGGUAGACUGUGGUUUGGAGCUGCCGUUGUGUUUGCUGCAAUAUUGUAUACUUGUGGAAUAUAUUACGUCAAUAAAGAUAUAUCACUAACA